CGCCCGCGUUUUAGAAUUAUUUAUAAAAUCUUACAGUUCUAUAAAUAAACAUUGGUGAAAAUUAUAACAACACGCUUUCACUAUUGUGUAGAGGCGCUAAACGCGUUGUGUUUGUCAAAAAUUUAAUACGCAGCGUAAAUGCGUUGUAAAAUCGCAAUGUUUACACCAAUUAGAACGUUUAUUUAUGUAUUUGUGUCGUUAAAAAUAGUGACUUAGUUGAAAAAGAUAAUUUGGAUUUAGAAUACGUGCUUUAACGACUAGUUAUUUUAUAUUGCACAAAUAUCCGUGUUUAUAUAAUUGAUGGUUUAUUUUUCAAUUGAUUAAACAUUGCAGUGCUUAUUAUUUUAUGAUAGAUUGGAUUAUGAUACCCAAUUAAACCUAUUUCUUGUAUUAAAGAUCCUGUGAAAAAAUUAAAAUGCCUGGUAAAAUAAAGGUCAAAGUGCUAGCCGGUCGUAAUUUGCCGGUGAUGGACAGGGCGAGCGACACUACAGAUGCGUUUGUCGAGAUCAAAUUUGGCGGUGUUACACACAAGACUGAUGUGUGUCGGAAGUCAUUGAACCCUCAGUGGAAUAGCACUGAAUGGUACAGAUUUGAGGUUGAUGAAUCAGAACUCCAAGAUGAACCACUUCAACUUCGUCUCAUGGACCACGACACGUAUUCAGCUAAUGACGCGAUCGGUAAAGUUGUUAUUAGUCUCGCACCGCUACUGGCAAGGGAGGCAAAUAAUGCCAAUGGGACAACAGGACCACCAGGCGGCGCAGUCAUGUCCGGCUGGAUACCCGUGUUCGAUACAAUGCACGGUAUCCGCGGUGAGCUGAACGUUAUCGUGAAGGUGGAACUAUUCUCGGACUUUAAUAAGUACAAGACGUCUAGUUGUGGCGUGCAGUUCUUUCAUUGCCCAAUGAUUCCACCUGGAUACAGAGCGACUACAGUUCACGGCUUCGUCGAGGAGUUGAUAGUGAACGAUGACCCUGAAUAUCAAUGGAUCGACAAGAUCAGGACACCUCGAGCUUCUAAUGAAGCCAGGCAGGUCGCCUUCAUCAAACUUAGUAAUCAGGUACAACGGUUAGUUGGCCUAAAAGCCGCUGAGUUGGGAGCCAACGCCGUGGUUGGAUAUCAGCAGGACUUUGAUCUGGAAGGAGAGGCCGGUGUCGUCGCUCGAGCUAUCGGUACAGCUGUCAGUAUAAUGGCGCUACCGACACCGAGUUACCCAACAAACAUUCCCUGUACUCAACAACAAUUAAAAAAGUACUUGGACAUUUUGGCGACGGACGAAGAGAGCAUAACAGACUUAAAUCAAUACUAUCAAAAUCAUCAAGAGGAAUUGCAGCGUAUUGUGAGCAUUCUAAAUCCAAAUGCUACAGCGUUUCUAGACGAAGGAGAUACGUUCGACGAUGACGAUAAAAGUUUAGACCUCUCAGCGCAAAAACAGUCGACUCAAAAAACUUAUACCGGUGACCUUUCUAUUUAUCAAGACGACUAUGUUGCUCAGAAAAGCUUAAAACAUUUGUCCGAAGAUCAGAUCGAUCUAAAUAAACUUUUAAAUCGCGAAGAUCCUACCGAUUCCGCGGGACCUUUAAAAACUAUAAAAAAGAUAAAAGAUAAUUUAUUCUCGAAAAAGUUCAAUAGGCGUUUCCGGAAACCGGAAAUGCAAGAUGAUCAAGUCUCGCUUCAAUCGACGUCAUCGGAUACAUCUCGUAUAUCGCUGACGGAUAUUAAGAAUGAGAUAAAAAAAAUUAAGAAAUUGAAAGUGAAAAAACUACUUAAAGUUGAGAAUAAAGAGGAAGAAGGUUAUGCCAUGGCUUCGAUACUCGCUCGAUCAGUUAUGCAUGCUGAUAGAAGCUUGGCUCGCAUCUCUGAGCAUCAAGACUCUGAGAGUUCUCCUUGUUCAACUUUACGACGAACUACUAGUGAAUCGGAACCAGUUUUGAAUUUAUCCGAUGAAGACGGCACAGAUUAUGCAAAUAAAAACCGAGGAAAUGUAACUGGUAACAUACCAGAAAUACAUUGUAGCUCAUUAGAAAACAUAAAGAAUCCAGACGUAGAACGGGAAAGGAAGAUAUCAGGGUCGUGUCCUCCCACUCCUGUAGCAAUACGAAGCGAUAAUCUUCUAAAAUUACCCGGUGAGGUCGAUUAUUUCGGUUCGAUUUCAUCUGCGCUCUCAGCAGAUAGCUCGGAGAUAGACACGUCUUCAGACGAAGAUGAUGAAAGCUAUGGAAUGAAGAGUGACCUCGAACCAGCUUUGGAAACAACAAGUUCUGUAGUACAAUCAGUACUUAGUAAAGAUGUUGAUCCGAAUUUUAUUGCCCAAAUGGAAAAGAAACUAACUGUUCUUGAAUUAACAAAUAACGACACAGCUAAAAAAAUAAAAAACGUAGAUGAUAAUUUAAUAGAACCAGAUGAUAACAACGCAAACGUACAAAUGUCUGAUUCCGAAACAGUUUUCCAAAAAGAAAAUACUACCAAAACUGAAUCCGCCGUCGACCCCAAGCCUUCUCCAGCCAGGGACCACACGUGUGUAACUAAUUCAAAUUCACAUACUAUAAAAAUGCAUAAUCCUUUUACGCACCGAAAAGCUUCGAAGAGUAUUAGCGCACCUUCAUCCCCUAUAGAAAAGAAAGGCUUCAUGUAUCGCUCCUCAAAACGGAUUAAGCGACAAAUAUCAAAGAUUUCAAAAAGCAGCAUGAUCAAAAGCUUAUCACAUUACUCGUUGUUACCAAAGAAAAAGCACCUCGAUACUAAAACCGCAAUGAGUCAACCUGGAUCCGCUUCUGAUGUUACCUCUAAAGCCCCUAGUGAAACCGUAUUAGGGUCUCCCUUUCUGUCUUAUACAGAUCUGUUGAGCUUAGAUAAGGAAGGAUAUAGUUCUUUCAAUCGUCUUCACAAAAGUGAUGAAAUUAUAACAUCUAAAGUAUCGAUGUAUAUAGGAUCUGAACCAGUUUCACGGGCUUCUUUGAGUGGUCCAUCGAGUAUAAAAGACGAACAUCAUUUUUACGAACAAAAACCAUUGAAAAAAGACAAAUUCAAGAUUAAACCAACGGGCUUAAUUCAAACGGCAAUGGAAACAAUUUUAAUAGAUAAAGUAGAAUCCUUAUUGUUACCAACAAGUCCCGAUCCGAUCAGAACUGAGGACCAAAAAUUUUUUGCCGAUGUCAAUGAAAAAUUAGAAAAGGUCGAAGAGGCACAGACGAAAGAACGUAUUAAUAAUAAUGACGUAAAAGAAAAUGAAAAGAACCAACGAAAGUUAGUUAGACAGGAUAGCAUUCGUUCAGCCGGUGAUACGGUGUCGUCUAAAAUGUCCAAGGUCGUAGAACCUAACGUCAUUCCAUGCAAAUUAACUCACACGCCAGUUCUUCAACAUUUCCAUCCCAUACUUAGUGGCGCACCCUUAGAGACCAUACCCUCUCUGCCGGAGGGCAGUGUAGAUAGAACCGAAAGUCUAGACGUAGAGGGCGUUGAACCUACUAACAGUGUUAGCGUGUGUUGUAACUCGCAUGCAGCGUGCGGUGUUGACAGGAGCGAGCGAGAACGAGAUAAGUACGAUAAAGACAAGAACGACAAGGAAAAGGGAUCGCCCAGACAUGCGAGGCACGAAUCGUACGGUGGUCGGGAACCGCCUGCAACUGCCCCCGUGCAGAGUUCGUCGUUACAUUCUUCGUCCACUCCGAUGGGUAUACACAGACGAUCGUCCGAUUCCGAUCUAAGCGUAACGCCAAAAGGUAACUCCUUAAACGCGUCCGGCAACACCGGAAGCGGCGGGGGUGCCAUUCUACGGCCAUCGAUGAACAGCAACAACAUAGAUAUGUUGGAGUACCCCUUUCUCACCAUGACCGAGUAUCCCCCAGGUUUCAUCGUUCACAUCGGCGGCACGGUGUGCGCGCGCUCCGUGAAGCUGGUGGACGGCGGCGGCGAGAGCGCGGCGCGCGCGGCGUGGUGGGCCGAGCUGCGCACCGAGCUGCGCGCGCACGCGCGGGCGCUGCGCUGCACCGCCGUGCUCGCCUACACCGAGCGCGCCGCCGUGCGCGAGGAUGUUUGCGUGCUGUCCGCUUCCGGCACUGCCGCAGUCAUUAACCUCGACUGCGAUUUCACGAUCGACGAAUCCACAGUGUUGAACACUGGUUCCAAAAACCCUCUAGAAGAGUCGGAAAUCGAGCCGUGCUCCGUAGCGCACGUGCCUUACUCUCCAGGGGCCGGGCCUUACCGCGCUGAGCUGGCUACGUGUGGAGGGUGCAGGAGAGCACGCGUGCCGUCGGUUCUUCUAGCUACGUGCGCGAAACCAAACAGGCUGGCCUCAUAUCCCAAAGCCAUAACGCUUACAGCUGUUGCGGCAAGAGGUCGUCGUGCCGUUGGCGCGGAAGCCGGAGCAAGGGAUCUCUCCGACCAGCUUCCCUUCCUCGAGUACGAACUGCAUAAACUGUUGCUCGCCAAGUUGAGAAUGCAGGGCGCGAACGCGAUCUUCUCGCUGCAGACGCAGAUCGCGAUCGGCGAGCGCAGCGUGCUGGCGCUGGCCAGCGGCACGGCGCUGCGCCUCGCCGCGCUGCCCGCGCCCGCGCCGCCCACGCUCAAGGUGUCAGAAAAUGACAAAAAUGCUAUUGAAAUUCAAAAAGCAUUGUGGGACACGUUCGUGGCGAACAAAGCGGCAAAUGGCUACGAUAUUGGCGUGCCGGAGCUGAGCAGCGCGGGCUGCGUGGAUUCGGAGGGCGACGACGCGCCGGCGCUGGACCUGUGCGCCGACAAGGACGCCUGCGUGCUGGAGCUGGACGAGGCCGAGGACGUGGAGACGGCUCGUGCGCUGUGCGUCCGUCGCGCGCACAUGUGCGUGCUGACCACUGCUCAACGCGCCGCAAACGCGCCGCCGCACGCCUUCACGCAGGUGUGGCGCGCGCGGCUGGGCUCGGGCGGCGCCAGCGCCGAGCGGCUCGUGGCGUGCGCGCUGGGCGGCGCCGCCUACAAGCUGCGGCGCCUGCAGCCCGCCGCGCUCGCCGCCACCUGCUUCCAGCUGGACGCGCCCGAGGACGAAAUUCAACUAGUAGUAUCAGGAACGGCUAUACCCCUCCUGGAUCCGUCUAAAGUCGAACACAGCAACGGAACAGAUAGACCGACAGAGGGAGACGACGAUAUAUUCGCGCUCGACGAGGAGCAACUGGUGAAAACGCAACCCGAAGUUGAGGAUAAGAGUAACGCACCGUGCGGCGUGUCGCUGUCGACGCUGGGCGGCGCGGUGCGCGCGCGUGCGAGCCGGCGCGUGUGCGCGCUGCGGCUGCUGUUCGUGCGCGAGACCACCGCCGUGCGCGAGCUGGGCGGCCUCAGCGGGUUCCUGCACACCUUCACCUGCGAGGUGCUGGCCAUCGCGCGCGCGUACGCGGCGGCGCUGGGCGGCAACGCGCUCACGUCGCUGUACCUCGCGCACCUGCUGCUGCACCACAACGCGCACAAGAACCAGGGUCAAUGUCUUCUAUCAGUGGGCGGUGACGUUGUUCAUGUUACCUAUUAAAUAUAUACAUUACCGACUUAAUAAACUUAGCUGUUGAGUUUACACAACAAAUAUUCAUAUAUGCGUCUCUUUCUGUCAUCAUUAACUUGACUUUCGAAAGAAAGAGACAAAGCAUUAUGUAACUAUACAACCAAUAUAUACAAGUCUAUUAGUAGAGAGAUUAAAAUAAUCAACACUAUUUUUUUCUUAAUAUAGCAAUAAGAUAUAAACUAAAAACGUAAUACUUUACUGCCUUACUUAUAAAUGUUACUUAGCGGGUAAAACAAUGCUGUCUCCUUCUUUCGAAUGUCAAAUCAGUAAUGAAAGAAAGAGCAAAAUCAGUGUUUAACUAAACAGCUGCUCAGCAACGUUUAUAAGUAAGUCUGUUAUUGAUUGGAAUUGUACACUUUAAAUUAUUUUGAAUGUAAUCGCUUAUAUAUACUGCCUGUUAUUAGAUAAGUUAUAUAACUUAAAAAUAAUAGUUUUUGGUAGAAAUAGUAUGGUCCAAAAAUGUUUUAAAUACAUAUAUACGUCAAUAAGUGUAUCAAACUAAAACUAUAAACUAAAUUGUAACUAAUUAAAAACUAACGGCUUUACCUAUGAUCGUUACGAUUAGUUAAACAAUGUGUCUUCUUCUUUCAAAUGUUUAAUCAAUGAUGACAAAAUGAGAAAUCAGUGGUAAACUACACAAAUAAAUAUCAACUACAAACUAUUAUUAAGCUACUUCCAGUUUUUAUUUUGUCCAAUGUUUAAUAAAAUCCGUUUGGAAUAUAAAUUAUAACAUUUACUAAUUACCACUUUCGACUUCGCACGCAAUAACUAAUAUAUAUAUACCAAUAGCUCUAUUUGUUUACGCGGCGCACGUUAGUAAAGAUUCCAGUAACAUGGUUUUUCCGACAUUUACAAUAAUCAUCGUAAUAUUUCAGCAAUUUUAUAUAAAACUUUAAUAAAUUAUAAACAUAAACCAUCCUCAUGACUCACUCCGUCCAUUGGUGAAAACCGCAUGAAAAUCUGUUUGUUAGUUUUUGAGUUUAUCGCGGUCAUACAGACAAACGUGACGUGAGGACUUUGUUUUGUAACACGUAGUGAUUGUAAGUUGAAAUUAUUGAAUAAAGAUAAUAUUUUUAGCGUAAAUUCGUUGCCAUUUCAAAGUUACAUCGUCAAUUCGAUCACUUUACCGUCAGAAACAAAUAUUCUUUUCGGCCGGACUGCUGAAUGUCUUAUUACUGGUAUAUUUAUAUAAAAAUGUAUAUUUGUUUGUGUGUUAUAUGAUACAACAUCCAAAACCACGGAACGAAUAUGAUUUCUGUACAGCCAAUCGAAUUUUGUCUAUGGUGGAGUUCUUAGUUUAUAGUUCACUAAAAUGAGCCUUAUGACAGUAUAAGUUAGCUUCAAAUAUCGUUUUAUAAUUUUAUUAUUUUAAUGUUCAUUUUACAUUUAACAUAAUUUAAUUAGUAGUUAGUCAUAUUUGAAAGAUUUGCAAGUACCCGAAAAGUCAUAUAUUUAUUGAGUAAUAUAUUUGAUGACUGUUAAAGAAGUUCUCAUUUGGUGGUCAUUAUUAACAAAUUACUAUAUUUUUUCCUAUAUAUAAUAUCCUCUCUAAUAGGUAUAGAUGAUAUAAUCGACAGCACCGUGAGCCAUUUUCAGUUAACCGGUUCGGUGGCUUAAAAUUCAGUUGCGAAAUUGAACCAACACUUCGAACAGUUGAAGUUAUAUAAUACCUUGUAAACGAUAAUAACAAAUGCAUGAUAUUAUUAAGUAUAUAUUUAUUAAUCAACUUUUAAAACGUUAUAAAAGGUUUUUUUUUUUUAUAGUAAUACAUUAAAAUCAAUUUUAAUCUGUGGUCAAUAUAAAUCCAAGAUGAUAUUACAUUGCUAAAUAGAAACGUCUAGUCGAGUCAUACAGAAGAAGCGGUAAAUACACAACUUCGACCUGUCAACUUUAAUUGUCAUCUGACGUCAUCUUUGGUCGAGAUCAAAAAUUUCCAUGGUAUCCAAUAUAUAUUAUGUAAUAGACAUUUUGAAAGUAAUUUCCAUAUUUAAAUAUAAAAUAUGCAACAUUUAAUUCGCUAAAAGAUUUUAAACAGACGAAAUCGAUUCUAUUAUUUAUAACCGAUUUUAUAUGUUUAAAAUUUUGUAUUAGCAACUGAUGUACUAUUUUUAUUUCUUGCCAAUUUUAGUUUUUAGUUAAAUAAAGUUCCUUUAAACACACUUAAAUAGAAACAGUUAUUUUAGUCCUGUGUAGUAAUGUGAGUUCGAAAUGUGUGGACUUGGAAUGGUGCUACAAACAUAGGAAUUUAAUAAAAUCGAUAUUUUUCUUAAAAGCAAUGUAAUCUUUGGAUGCUUUUUUCAUGUUUUUUUUUUCAUUUUGCUUUUUAAUUUUGCGUACUAUUUUAGCAACUCGACUGUAAUGUAGUUUUUAAUCGAAUUAUAUAUCAUUUUUGUACGAAAAUAUAUAGUAUGUAGAUUUUUGGCAAAGAAAUUUUUCGUAAUAUUUAUAUACGUACUUGUAUUUGUGUUCAUUUUAAAUAUCACUUAAUUAGUUAAUUGUGGUAAUUAAUUUGUAACUUUUAAUAUGUAGCGAUAGGGACGAUCGUCCAACAACCGAAAUCCGAACCAAAGCGAUCUUUACCGAUGUUUCGUUUAUCCGGAAGGAAACUCCGAAUUUCUCCAGACGCAUUAGUAUUAUUUUUUUAUAAUAUUGGUUGGUAGACGGGCAGCUGGGCCGCCUGAUGCUUAGCGGUCACUAACGCUUAUUAACAUUGGCGCCGUAAGAAAUAUUACCCAUUCCUUACAUCACCAAUGCGCCUUAACAUUGCGAACUAUGAUUGUGCCUAUAGUUACACUGGCUCACUCACCUUUCCAUCACAACAAUACUACGUGUUGCUGUUUGGCAGUAGAAUAUUUUAUGAGUACACACUCAUACCAGAGGGCUACCGUUAGGGUACCAGAGGGGCCAGCAAAACCCUACCACCAAUUAGUGUUCACCUACAGCCGCAACUGAAACUUGACAGCCGCGCGCUCACUACAGACGUCGACAGAUGCAUUCGAUUCGAUUCGAGUCGAAGCAAUGUCUAUCGUCUUCCCUUCGUAAAUAUUUAAUCGUACUUAUUUAUUAAAUUAUGUACAAACAAACAAAUUCCUCAAUCUAAAUAUCAAUUGUCUAGGGCACCAGAUGCGCGAUCGCUUUAAACGUCUGCACUCGAACUAACUAUUUGGUCCAACCUAUUAUAUUUGGUCCAUAUUGGAUGGUUGGUCGAUCAGUUUGGAUGUUGGACCAUCGUGUCCUAUAAUAAAGGUUUUGUGAUAGUUUUAUAUUAAAUUAACUGAAAACAAUGUUAUUGUGUGGAAUGGAUUUGCUAAUUAUUUGAUGCUGUACUUUUUUUUAAUGCGAAUGUGUUAAAUAAAGAUAUUUUAUGUG